AUGUGUGCGGCUGCGGCUGCGCUGCGCUGCGGCUGCGGCGGGCCGCGCACCGCACGCUCGACAGUUUUAUUAGAGCGGCUACUUGCAGUAGCGGUCGGCCUUGAGGCGCGCGCGGCGGUCCAGCAGCGGCUACUUGCAGUAGCGGUCGGCCUUCAGGCGCGCGCGGCGGUCCAGCAGCGGCUACUUGCAGUAGCGGUCGGCCUUGAGGCGCGCGCGGCGGUCCAGCAGCGGCUACUUGCAGUAGCGGUCGGCCUUGAGGCGCGCGCGGCGGUCCAGCAGCGGCUACUUGCAGUAGCGGUCGGCCUUGAGGCGCGCGCGGCGGUCCAGCAGCGGCUACUUGCAGUAGCGGUCGGCCUUGAGGCGCGCGCGGCGGUCCAGCAGCGGCUACUUGCAGUAGCGGUCGGCCUUGAGGCGCGCGCGGCGGUCCAGCAGCGGCUACUUGCAGUAGCGGUCGGCCUUGAGGCUCGCGCGGCGGUCCAGCAGCGGCUACUUGCAGUAGCGGUCGGCCUUGAGGCGCGCGCGGCGGUCCAGCAGCGGCUACUUGCAGUAGCGGUCGGCCUUGAGGCGCGCGCGGCGGUCCAGCAGCGGCUACUUGCAGUAGCGGUCGGCCUUGAGGCGCGCGCGGCGGUCCAGCAGCGGCUACUUGCAGUAGCGGUCGGCCUUGAGGCGCGCGCGGCGGUCCAGCAACGGCUACUUGCAGUAGCGGUCGGCCUUGAGGCGCGCGCGGCGGUCCAGCAGCGGCUACUUGCAGUAGCGGUCGGCCUUGAGGCGCGCGCGGCGGUCCAGCAGCGGCUACUUGCAGUAGCGGUCGGCCUUGAGGCGCGCGCGGCGGUCCAGCAGCGGCUACUUGCAGUAGCGGUCGGCCUUGAGGCGCGCGCGGCGGUCCAGCAGCGGCUACUUGCAGUAGCGGUCGGCCUUGAGGCGCGCGCGGCGGUCCAGCAGCGGCUACUUGCAGUAGCGGUCGGCCUUGAGGCGCGCGCGGCGGUCCAGCAGCGGCUACUUGCAGUAGCGGUCGGCCUUGAGGCGCGCGCGGCGGUCCAGCAGCGGCUACUUGCAGUAGCGGUCGGCCUUGAGGCGCGCGCGGCGGUCCAGCAGCGGCUACUUGCAGUAGCGGUCGGCCUUGAGGCGCGCGCGGCGGUCCAGCAGCGCAGCGGCUACUUGCAGUAG